AUGUGUCAUGCCAUACCACCAGGAGCUCUAGGGUCUAGAAGCUCUUCAGGUCCUCACUCGCCAUCAGGAGCUGUUGGAUCUACAAGUGGUCCUGCCUUGCCACGAAGCGCUGCAUAUUCAGGUGCUAAUAACUACAACCGUAUGACCCUAGAAGCAUUAUUGAAUGCUCCCUCCAGAGAGCUUCAGCCACACCUCCAUCCAAGGAAACUCAAUGGCGCUUUAUGGUUCGGUGUAGACCCCUCUGUCCACAAAUUCAUCCGAACAACAUGGCAAGCCUACUACAUGGGACCAUGGAGUAGCUGGAAAUUUGUUCCUCAAGAGAGGAAAAAUAAGUGGUGGCAGACUUUUGUGAAGAGACUGAACCAGAAGCCUAAUUUCAUAAGCGAAUCUGACUGGACCACUCUGCUGGAGUUUUUUUCAACAGAACCAGCCCGUAAAAGGAGCAAGUCAGUGGCUUCAUCUCGCAUGACACCCCAAGGUGAGAAAGGGGUACACAAGCAUUGUGCAGGUCCUCAAAACUUUUUAAAGAUCGAAUAUGACAUGAUGGUGGAGUCUGGUCUUGAUGAACCGCCACCUUACACCGAUCUCGUGCGUAAGACACACACGCGGUCAGAUGGAACUUUCGUUGAUGGUCGAUCGGAAUCUCUUGUUCUUGAAGUAGAGGAGGCCAUGGCAGAGAUGACAGCUGAUGAUGGAUCUCCUCAUUCUGACAGCCAAAGCACCUCAAUAGCUGCAACGUCUGCAAUUCCUACUCGCAUUCUCCUCAACCAAGAAUUUCUCAAGCGCAGCAAGACAAAGCGAGGGAGAGUAUACGGAAUAGGCAGUGUGCAGCUUCGGGAUUUCACUCCAACCGAGACAGUCCAUGAAUCUCAUACACACACCGUCGACAUGGACAUGCGUAUAUCCGGUUUAGAGACUAAUUCAAAAGCUGUCAACAGCAAUGUUGAAACGCUCAAGGAAGAUGUGCUGGCGAUGAGGGGUGAGUUCAAGGAAGAGUUGGCCACAGUCAAGAAUGAAAUGGUGGCAGUACUAAAUGCAUUCCUACAAAAGGUUGGUACCACUCCGCUUUCUACUACUGCUGUUGAUGCCUCUCCGCCCCCUGCUGCUGCUGCCUCUACAAAUCCUGCUAACACCACAAACCCAAGUCAACAACAACCUACACUAGAUGAGAUGUGUGCUUCUUUAUUAGGAGAUUAGUUUUUUUCUAGUAUUUUUCAUGUUUUUGAAUGUUAAACUGUUUCUUAAACUUUUAUGUUAUGUUUCAAACACUUUUUGAUGUAUAAUAUUCUAAUUGAUUAUUGCAUUUUCGUAUUUUAUA